AUGGAGAGAGUGGAGUUUUACAAAAAGUACCAGGAGUACUACCAAAAUGACAUUAACCAAAUUCCGCCGCUAAUUGAGGGCAUGGGGAUCGAGCUGUACGAUCUGUACUUGAGCGUGCUGAGCCAUGGGGGCUACUCAUGUGUCAGUAGGAAUUCUAAGUGGGUGAAAAUAGCAAGGGAGUUUGGGCUCAUCAACAAAGAGAAGAAUAUAAAGCUUAUAGAAGACAUAAAAUGUAUAAAGGAGUAUUACCUGACCUAUUUGCGAGAGUUCGAAAGGAUCCAUGACAAUAUAAAAAAAGGAAAGUCAUCCCCAAAGAAGGGUCGGACAGGAAAAACUCCCACCAGUUUUGACCUCAGGUAUAAUAAAAAAAUAUCUAUUAGUAAAUCAAAUAAUAAGAAGGUAAAGACAGAAACAUUUAUGCACAAUUUGCGGCGCCCAGGACAGGUAGCUGGUGCAAACAUGCCUGGGGGGAUGGUACAUCAAGGGGUCAUUAACAGUGUGGGUCAUACAAUGGGAAAUGUGAAAGGUUCGUACAAAGCUUUACACACAUAUGGUAGUAACGGCAACGUAAAUGGUACGUAUAUGGAUGUGUAUAAUAUGAACAGCCCCCCAAGUAAGAUGUGGAAAGAUAAUUUUUACGAAAAGGGAAAUGCCUACUGUUUGGAGGAUUACCUUGAUGGAAGUGCAAGCUGGUAUGGUGGAGACAGGAUGCGGGCACAAAUGUUUAUGAACAAUAGUCCAGUUGAAAAGAGCAAAACUAGAGGCAGCCACAAGAAGGGGCUCAGUAAGAAACGCAGCUUUAAGACUGAAGGGGAUUUCGCCGAGUCGGAUAUGCGUCCCAUGCAUGUGGGAGAUUUUAACGUUGCCAAUUAUGGGGCGUAUGGAAAUUAUGGAAAUGGGGGUGGAGGCUUCCCCAAUUAUCAGGUAAAUUCUUUUCAUGACAUGAAUGGGGGUGCAGGAGGAUAUUACUACUACGGUGGGGAGUUGCCUUAUGGCGUGGCGGCACCCUGUGAAGGGAAUAGUUACAUGGAUCCGACCUCAAUCAACAGGGCAAAGUACCUGUAUAACAAUCAAAUGGUCAGUUUAGGUGAGCUUGGUGGUGGAGUUAACACAAGUGCAAAUAUGGGGAAUUAUUUUUUUAAUUAUGGAGGAGUCGGUUUUGUUGGGGCCCCCCACACCCUUGACAAUUCACUGGACGGUUACAAUUAUAUGAAUGGAUCCCCCCGCGGAGGUGUGGUUUCGAGCGGUGUCGUUUCGAGCGGUGUGGGAGGUUAUGUAGGUAAUGGGUCUAAUGGAGGUGUGCACCAGGGGAUGAACUACGGAAUGAAUUACGGCAUGAACUAUGGCUACAAUUUUGUAAAUAAUUACGCUAAUAAUUAUGGAGUGAAUUAUGGGUACAAUUAUGGAGGCGACUACUACUACCCGGGUUACUACUCCCCGUAUGAGGGAAAUGCUAAGUGGAAUCCUUUUAUAGGAAAUGCAAAUGAGAAAUUGAUGAUGGCAGUGGGUGGUCCUACGAACCUUUUCUCGUUGGAUGGUUACGGAGGGUCGUCACUGCCAUACGGCCUUCCGUUAAGAAAUGACAUGAGCAGCGACGCGAAGAACUGCAUUGACAUAUACAGGAUUUUACUAGGACUAAACAAAAGGAAGGAGAAGGUGGCUGACUUUAUAUUCUGUUUGAACGUUUUGUAUACCGUGUCGGUGAUGAAUGAUAUGUCCCUGUCGAGGACGCAAAUUAAAAUAAUCAUAUGUAUGCUUUUGCAAGUGCUAGACGAGAUGCUUCUCUUUUUUUACUCCAAGUUGAGCAUGAAAGAGAGGGCAUUAGAUAUAAUGAUUAAAAGUUUUGCAGAUUAUGUGUCAGAUAAGAGUGGUUGGAAAAGUGGGAAGGGACAUAUAACACUGGGGGGGGAUGAUUACAAUGGCGUCGUGGCUACUGGGGAGGGUAAGUACCUCAUGGGGUGCGCUGUGUGUUCAACACGUGAUGGAGACAAUUUGGACUCUAAGGGGGAGAAUGUUGUGGAGGGAUCUCCUCAAAAGGGGAGGACGAGGAGCGCCAUCAUGGGGACACUACUAAGUGAUAAAGUAAAUCUUGGCGAGAUAGCGAGUUUGUAUUUGUCCUACAGUGUAUACUGUCGUGAUAAGAGGCGGAAAAUCAGGCAUGCAGGCAUGUCGCUGGGGGAGGCGAAUGAUGUGGCGGAGAAUAGCGCAGGGGACAGUAACGCGGAGGAUGAUUCCGUCGGGGAGGGAACCAGCACACCAGAUGACGGGAGCGAUUGGGAGGAGGAGCCCCCCUGGAGCUCCAACCCCCCCAGCAGCGUCAGCAGCUCGGACAUAGAAAAUAUAAUUAUGGGGGGAAGAACCACCAGGGGUGGAAAUGAAUCUACACAAAGCUUAUAUAAAGAUAAAGAGGAGUGCAAACAAUCCAUGAUGCAAAAAAGCAACCAAGAGUUUGUCUUUCUCAUUUUGUAUAUAAUAAAUAAUCUGUUUCAAACGAGAAAAUAUAACCUCUACUUUUGUGACAGAAAAAGUGAUGAAGUUAGGGAUGGCUCUUUAGGGGAAGAGAGAGACACGAUGGACACAUCCGGGGGUGGUACCGUUGACAAAAUGGGUAAUGGGCACAUUAAGGAUAAUGUUAAGAUGGGGGGAAAGGUCGUUGGGGGAAUUUCCACCUGUGAUGAUAUGCCUGAGGAGAGUAAAAUGAACGAACUGUGUAAGGACAGCCAAGGGAGUGAUAAGAUAAAUGUGGGUGAUAAUGGUGUAGGUGAAGAGAGUGGGAAGGAUGAUGAAGGGGAUCGUUGGAAAGGGGAAGGUCAUCUCUUGUCCAGUAGAACUUGCGAGAAGGAUUUUUGGUCAGACGACUGGUCCGAUUCCUCCUCAGGAUGUUGUAGUAUGUGCAGUUACAAAAAAGGGGUCGUUAAAAAGGAGGAGGUUGCUCCAAGUAGGGGCAUAACUAGGGGGUAUGCUAAAAUUUUGAAUGAUAAAAAAAAAAUGAUGGAAAAUGGAGGCGAACUUAUCGGGGAAGACGCUCUCGUGGGUGUGAAGGUUCAGGGGGGUGAAGAAGAGACCAUGGGCAAAGUGUGUAACAAUGGGGAAGCGGCACGUGGGGUUGGUUGGACGGACCAGGUAGGCAAUGCGGCGUUUCAAAAAGGGGACGGAAAGUGGCCAAGCGAGGAGGCCAAGUGGUUAAACGAAGAGACCAACGUAUGUGAUAAUCGUAAGAGUAGCCGCAUGAGCAGCGCCUGCAGUUAUUCUCUUUCCCCCAGUAGCGAAAUGUUUCCCAUUUGUGAGGAAGGGUCUUCUGUACAGACUGCCAAUUGUUCCAUGCCGCAUAGUGAGGUACCCUUCAUGGCUGACGAUAGGACAGCUCAUUUAGGAAAUGGACUGAACGGAGAUGUGGACAAGGCACAUGACAUGAGUUGCAUGAGAGAGGAGAAGCUUCACCCAGAAGGGGGUAACUUGGGCGAUAGUAAUUGCCCCAUUAAUGGAUCGAACGGAGUGACAAAUGUAAGUACAGGGGUGAAAAGCCGCUUGGGGAGGCCAAAUAAAGAAACGGUUUCCGGACAUGACAUGAAGGUGAAGGAAGAAGGGGGUAUUGCAAAUAGGCUUGUACAUGACAGAACGGAUGACGCAAGCCUUCACAAGGACAACGAUGGGGCUACCCCUAAUGGCGGCAGCGGUAUGGGGAUGCAGAUGCACCAUUUAAGUGACAAUCGGAGAGGAGACAACUACGGUAGAGGGGGGAAUGAAAAGUAUGGUGACGACGCACUGUCUCAUGUAAUUAAUAAAAAUGGGGGUAAGGGAUCUUCCCCUCAGCAUAUGAACAAGAGCAAUUACGGGGGGUAUGGUGAUCCUGGUAUGGUUGAAAAUGUAACGCAGAGUGUAGGUGAUGCCGCUUUGGUGGGAAGCACGUAUAACACUACUACUCACGUGAACCCACUGGGAGGUGGUAACGUAGAUGGAGAUCAAUUCCAGAGGACAUAUAACGGUCAGGGGUGUGGGAUCCCGCUUGACGGUAGUCCCUUUGGAGGAAACCCUUAUGGUCAGAAUUUCCCCGCAAAUUACCAUGGGGGGAUUUCUAAACAUAACGGCGGCGUGAUAAAUGGCCUUUAUGCGCCGAACGAAGAUGGUGGAAGAAGGCAUGGCUUGACUAGGGAGGACACCCAAGUGAAGAAGCAAGGGGACGUAACAAGGACCGGUGAUGCAAUCAAGAAGGAAAAUAAUAUGGUGGGAAAUGUUGAAUGUGGACAGCAAAAUGGGAAAAUGAAUGAGGAGAAAAUUUGCAAAAAAUGUGGCACAACACGCAUACAGACCAAGGGGCAACAUAAGGAGCAAAAUAAUAAAGAGGAAAUGAAAAGAAUUUUUAAAAAUAUGAAAAAGGAGGUAUAUGAAGAAAUGAAAAAAAUAUUUAAAGAAAAAAAAAUAAAACAGAACAAACUGUUACACUAUUUUGACAUGAGUAAAUUGCUAAGUGUCUUUGAAUUAAUUUUUUUAAAAAAUUUCGAAAAUAUUAUUUUCCAUGAAAAGGCAAUACAAAAUAUUUAUAUGAACAUGUUCAUAUGUGUAGACAUAUUAAAUAACGAAUUGGGAAGAAGCAUUUCCCUCAAGUAUAUAUUUUUUCCUUCCGAGUUUUUGAAGCGCACAAGUAAGUUUAAAAUUACUGCCCAUUGGGAUAAGAAGAAUAAGCUGUUCAUUCAGUCGGAGGAUCAGAGGGCUGCGUGCAGAGAAGUCUCUGAGGCGGGGGAUACGCCCCAGAGGGAUACUCAGAAGGGGGGCAAAAGUGAAGGCGAGAAUGUUGGGGGGGAAGACAUUCUACAAAAUGGAUCUGAGGAAAAAACAGCGACUGAGAAAGUGGAAAGAGAAGAGGACCCCCCCGCGGUGAUGAAGGGAGAAGGAGAGACAGAAGAACUGAGCGGAAUGGAAUACAGGAAAAAAAUAAAAAAAUUGUUUUUAAAAAUUUUUAGAAGAAACAAUAAAAAAUAUAACAUUUAUAAAAAAAUUGAUUACAAAUUUUUAAUGAGAAAGUACAAGUACAAUGGUCCACUGAAUUGUCAAGAGAAGGAAAAGUUUAAAAAAUUCAUCAUCCUUGAUUUGCACGAAAUUACGAAAAAAAUUCUUUUAAAAGUGUAUAAGCGGGUCAAUACUCACCUCAACAUUGCCAUUUUGUCCUUAAACAUAUUAACGCACAUUUUGUAUUUAAUUCCGAAGAGGAUGUUGCAUGUCUCGUUUAUUUUUUGGGUUUUAAAUGAAACAAUAAAUGUGAAAUGUGCAUAUACUUAUUUAAGUGUUCCUUUGUGUAUUUUGAAUUACAAUGGAUUUCUCUUCCUCGAAACGAUGAUGAAGCUCAUCAUUCGUAUGAUUGAAAAUGAUGUUAUGCCGUUGCACCCUUAUAUGUUAUCCUUCCUUCGCUUGUGUUCCUUCCCAUUGUAUAUUUAUUUGUACUUUGAUAUUCCCGUGUCGCACACACUUAUUAUUACUGCCCUGUCUGCGUUGUACUUGCUGGUUACUUACGACCCUGACUUUUUAGCCACAGGGUUUGUUAGUGCGAAGGCCGGCGGGGCGCGUUCCUCUACGGGAAACUGCGUCAGGGUUGGGGAUGACGUGGAGCACGGAGAGGAGAAGGGCACUGGCCUUGACCACGUUUGUAAGAAGAGAAGACUUUGGGAUAUUCCUACCUCGGGGAAAAACAGCGACGAGGUGAAGAGCGAAGUGAAGUGCCAAGUGAAGCAUGAAGUCAAAAAGGAAGGUACGCCGGAAGAGACUCAGGAAACUACCCACGAAGAACUGACAGAGGAGAGGAAGGAACUGCUUGAAAAAAUCUUUAUUAAAACCAUGUUGCUCUUCUUGAAGAAGUCCAUUUACUUUAAAAGCAUUUUCAACUGCGCGAAUAUAAACGAGAAGGAAGAAAUGCUCGUGGACAGCAGGAGGGUGCAAGUCAUUUUAAAGAAUUGGAGGAUGCAUAGCGAAGAAAUGGAAAAGGAGAAGGACGAUUUGUAUUGUUCGAACAUUGAAAAUAAGGUUUUCUAUUUACACGACAAUUUGCUUUUAUACGCUUUGGACAAUUUACCCAUUUCCAGUCCUGCCAAGGAUAUGAAGAUGUGUGAAAAUAUAAAGAACCAAUUUAUUAAUCAGUACUGCACCACAGUUUCCUUCUCGUAUGACUUUGUCAUGUCUGAGAGUACGGAAUUGCAGAGACUUAGCAUUUACGCACAUUCUAUAGUGCCCAUUUUUUUGUUCCUAUCUUCUCACCGUAUCUUAUGGCAAUGUUUGUCACCCCAUAUCCCGAUGCUGACGCAGAUGGCGUUCAUCCAGACGGACAUUAGUCGUUCCCUGUGGGUUAUACUGAAGGAGUACUAUUUUAGAAGCUUCAUGCGGGAGAAACGUAGUGGGAAAAAGCUCGACUCAUGUUUUGACUCCCGAUUGGUCAAGAUUGAGAAGGUGAAUAGGAAUGUAGCAGGAUGA